AUGGAUGAAUUAAAUAAUCGUCAAACCCCGAAAUUACGAUUUAGAUAAUAAUAAGGAUAAUAAAAAGCAAUAGAAGUAAGUUGCAUGGAUAUAAUUAGAGUGAUCCUAAAUAAAGUUAGAUAGGAAGAUUACCAUCAGGUUAAAAAAAUACAAUAGCAUUGCCUCGUUUAGAUAGUAGAACUGCUACUCAAUCAUUAAUAAUGAAAGAUGUUGAUAAAGAGAUGAAUCAAUUAGAAUUAAGUAGUAAAGUGAGAGAUUUAGAGAUAAUGAUGAUAGAUUUCAAAGCUAAUAUUGAAAGAAGAAUACAAAAGACAAUAGAGGAUAAUCCUCAAAAGUUUAUUCAAUCAAUUAAGUAAUUAGAAUCAUAGGAAAUGCAUUUAUGGAAAUAAGUUAACGAUAAGUAGAUCAUACUUUAAGAUGCAAUUAGUCAGUUACGAAAUUAAGGAGAAAAGAACAGAGAUAAUUUAUCUUAAAUGAUUCUUGAUUUACAAAAGAAAUAAAAUGAUCAAGAACUUAAAUUGAGUGCAAUGAUAAAUUAGUAGGAAGGAAUUGAAUUAAAAUUAAAUGUAUCUAAACCAAUACCAGUAUAACCUAUUUCAGAUAAUAUUGAAGUUAAGUUGUUAAGAGAAGCAUUUAAUAAUGAAAAAACUCAUAGAGAUGCAAUUAUUGAAGAUCUACAAAGAUAAUGGUAAGAUGUUCAUUAUAGAGUGGUUAAAUAGGAAUCAGAUUUCUAUAAUAAAUUAAAGUAAUAAAGAGAAGAAUUUUUAGAUUAAAAUGAAAAAACUAAAGUUAGUAUUAAAGCUUUAGAUAAUAUGAAAUUGUUAAAAAUCAAUUAAGAUUAAGAUUAUAUUAAAAAUUUAAUUGGAAGUGUUGAAAAUCGUAUAGCUGAUGAAGUUGAAAGAAGAUUAAAAAGUGAAUUUGAUUAGAGAAAUUAAUUAGAAAAUAAAAUCUAAGCAUUUAAAGAAGAAAUUAGAAAUGAUGAAAAAUAAAUUCUUUUAGGAGAAUAAAAAUUUAUGAAAUAAAUGCAUGAUAGCGUUUCAUCAUUAAAUUAAAUUAUUAAAAAUACAAAGGAAUAAUUAGAAGCCAAUUUAGCUGCAUCUUAAACAAUUGUUACUGAAAAUAUUAAAUCUAUUUCUAAAACUGUAGAUAUGAUUAGAGAAUCUUCUUUAGCAAAAGUAGCUUUAAUUGAAUAAGGAUAAAAAGAAUUAAAUUUUAGAGUUGGAGAAACUAGAUAAAUGAUGCAUGAACAUGCUAAUCUUAUAAAUAAUAGUCUUUAAAAAGAAUUUUCAAAAUAAUAAGAAUUAUUAUAAAAUUAUGAAUCAUAAAUGUAAAAAUCUGUGGAAAUUUAAAAUAAAUUAUUAAAUGAUGAAAGGAUAUUAAAUGAAGAUUGGAAAAAAUAAUUUGCUUAAAAAAAUCUUGUUAUUUUUACUGAAGUUAGUACUAAUCUUAAAAACAUUAAAGGUGAAUAAUUAAAAGAUAAAAAUGAAUUUCAAGAGAAUUUAAAAAAAAUGUCUCAUGAAGUUGAUAAUAAUGAUAAAAAAUAUUUAUAAUUAAUGAAAAAUUUAGAUAAUAAAGUUACUUAAGGAUUAAGUUCAUAAGAAUUCAAAUUAGAUUAAUUAAGAAUAGAACUUUCUGAAAUUAUUAAAAAUAUAUAGUUACAGUACAAUAUUCAAUUACAUGAAUAAAUUUAAUUCGCAAUUGAAACUGCAAAAAAAGAUGCAACUUAAUAAGUUUUGGAAUCAUCAUAAUAAAUUAAUGAAAGAAUUACAAGAGAAAUUGAAAUGGCUGAUCAAUAAACAAAUGCAAAAUUAGACAGUUUAUCUAUUUAAAUGAAAGAUCUUAUAAGAAAUAGAGAAGAAUAUAUUUUAUAAAGAUUAUAAUCAAUGAUUGAUGAAGAAAAAGAGCUUAGAUAAAGGCUUUAAGAAUUGAUUGAAAAAUAUGGAGAUAUGGUUAGAAAAUUAAAGGAAGAUUUGGAUUAUGAAAUUUAACUGUUAAGAAAAGAUUAAGAUGAAAAAUUAGAUGAAGCUAUUUCAAAAAUAGAAAAAGAAUUACAAUUUAAACUUAAAGACAUUGAAAGAUAAUUAAAAUAAGAUAUUUAAAAUUCUGAAAAUAAAAUGACAUAAAAUUUAGAAGUUUUAAGCAUCGAAAUAAAUAAAAAUAUUACAUAAGUAAAAUUAUAUAUGGAUAAACAAGUAAAUAAUAUUAAAUCAUAUGUUUAAUCAGAAUUAGAUUAAACUAAACAUGAUUUAAAAAUGAUGAUUAAAUAAAUUGAAGAUGAUGUAUUUAAAUUAAGAAUAUGGACUAUUUAAUAAAUGGAAAAAAUGGAUCUUGCUAUGAGAGAGAUACAUAUUUAAAUCUAAAGUGAAAUGUAUUUAGAUAGAAUGUACACUAUUACAACACUUGAAAACUUUUAAGAUCAUCUUAUCAACAUUGUUAAUAAAGAAAAAUAAGAUAGAUUAUAAUGGUAAUUUUUAAUGGAAAAUUAAUUAAAUUAAUUAGAUAUUUCAUUAAAUAAUAAAAUUGAUUCUGUUUAGAACAAUUUAUAACAAUAAUUGGAUGAUGCAACUUCAGAAUUUAAAUAGACUGUAUAAACUUUAAAAGAAUAAGUUAAUCAAUAAUUUUAAAAAUUAAAAGAAGAUUUUAAUUAAGAAUUACAUGAUAUGCAUGAAUAAAUAAAAGAUGCUGCUAAAGAUUUGGAAGAUAAAAUUAAUUAAUAAAUGAAUAAAAUGGAUGAAGAGUUUUUUUAAAAGUUAACUCAAUUUAAAAAUGAUGUAGAAACUUAAUUUUAAGAGAUGGCUGAAAAAAAUAAAUAAGAUUUAUAAGAUUUAUUUGAUGAAAUUAGUUUGAAACUAGCUUAAUUGAGAACUGAUACUUAAAAUGGGUUGACUUAAGUAGUCUAAUUAUAAAUAAGUUCAGGAAAUCAAUUAAAAUUAUAAAUUGAUUAGAGCUUUGCAUAUUUUUAAUCAAAAUUUUAUUUAACAGAAUAAAUCCGUCAAGCAAAUGAAGAAUUAGAUAAAGAGAGACAUACUGGAAUUAUAGGCAAAUUAUAAUUAUUAGUUAAGGAAAUGGAAAGAUUGGAAGAAAAGAAAAAUUAAAUAAAAAAAGACUUAAACGAUUUUAUUAAAGGAGUUUAAAAUAAUUUUAAUAAUAUAACUGAUGCUAUAAAAGCUCAUGGAUAAUUCUUAAAUGAACUAGAUGCAAAAUUAACAAUUGAAUUAAUGUUAUAAUCAACAAUUAAUGAAGCAUAAGAGUAUAAUUUGUAAGCAUAAUUAAUUGAAAUAAAUAAAUCAUCAGAUGCAAAAAUUUAAGAAUUAGAAGAAAAAUUUAGUAAUUUUGAUAAUACCAUUCAUAAUUAACUUGGAUAAAUAUAAGAAGAUUAAGAAGAAACAAAUAAUAAGUUUGAAAAAGAAUUAGAUAAACAUAAAAUAUAGAUAAAUAGUUAAGAAGAAUCAUUAAAAACUUAAGAUGAAUAACUUAAAAUUUAAGAAGAAUAAUUAAAAUUAAGUUUUCUUUAAUUAUAAUAGAUUGUUGGUAAUGUUUAAUUAAUGAAAACUAUGAAUGGAGCUAUGGAAAUAAAUUUAUCUGAAUAUGUAAAAACUUAAAUUGAAUAAACUUUAGAAUUAAUUUUAAAAAAUAAUUAAACUAAUCUAAAUAAUAUGUCUAAAUAAGAAUAAAAUAUAAAGUUAUUGAUUGAUGCAAAAAAUGAUUAAUAAAGCCAGAAUUUGAAAUUAAUAUCAGAUGAUGUCUCAAAAUUAAUUAAUGAUUUAAGCCUAUUAACUUAAGAUAUAGAUUCGCAAUUCACAUAAUUUAAUGAUAAAAUAUCUAAACUGGAAAUAUAAGGAAAAGAUGAUUCAAAUAUGGUAAAUUAUGGAAUUGCUUUAGAAGCCUAUAAAAAAGAUUUAAUGUAAGAAAUAAACAGAUUAUAAAAUUAGAUUGAUAAUUUAGGAUAAAGUGUUGCUAUAUAAAGAUAAGGAAAUUUAGAUUAAACUAAACCAUAAUCAUAAUAAUAAUAAUAAUAAACAUAACCAUCAUCAGAUAAUAAAGUAAAAGAAUUAGAAUAACGAAUAAAUAAUAUUAAAUAAGAAUUAGAUACAGAAAUAUAGUCUUUGAAUGAUUAAGUGAGAAAUUUAAAGUCAAAUAAAUAGAGUUAAUCUCCAAUAUCUUAAUAAUAGACUCCUAAUAAUAAAAAUUAAAAUACUUAACAAUAAUUGGAUUUAUAUUAAUAAGAAAUUUCAAGAAUUGAUUAAGAUAUAGUUAAAUUAAAAAAUUAAUUCUUAGCAAGAUCUUCUGGUUCUGGUGAUUCUACAGGUAAUAAUUAAGAAACAAAAAAACUUAUUGAAUAAAUGAAAAUUGAUUCUGAUUAAUUUGAACAAUAUAUUAGCUAAGAAGUUAGAGCUCUAAAAAAAUAAUUAGAUUCUCAGGAUUUUAACCAAAAUAAAGGUAAUCCUAAUGGAGGAGUUCCAUAAUAAUAAUUUGAACAGUUUAAAGUUUAAGUAGGAGAAGAAAUUGAUAAAUUAGAGGAGACAAUUUAAAAAUUAGGGUAAGAUAUUUCUAAUAGUAAAAACCAAAAACCUGUAUUUUUUAUUAAUUAUUAAAUAGGCUGGAGAUGCUGGAGGUGCUGGAAAAGGUGUUAGUAAUAAAGUGACUGAAGGUAAAAUAGCUUAAAUUGAUGAGAGAGUUAAUAUUAUUGAAGAUAGAAUUUAAGAAAUAGAUAAAAUGAUGGAAGAUUUGGAGGAAAUGUAAAAAAUUGUUUUAGAGCAUGAAGAAAAAUUACAAUAAAGAAAAAAAUGA